AUGGCGUCCCCGGCGCUGGCGGCGGCGCUGGCGGUGGCUGCGGCGGCGGGCCCCAACGCGAGCGGCGCCGGCGAGGGGGGCGGCGGCGGGGGCGCCAACGCCUCGGGGCCCGCCUGGGGGCCGCCACCGGGCCAGUACUCGGCGGGCGCCGUGGCGGGGCUGGCGGCGGUGGUGGGCUUCCUCAUCGUCUUCACCGUGGUGGGCAACGUGCUGGUGGUGAUCGCGGUGCUGACCAGCCGGGCGCUGCGCGCGCCGCAGAACCUCUUCCUGGUGUCGCUGGCCUCUGCCGACAUCCUGGUGGCUACUCUGGUCAUGCCCUUCUCGUUGGCCAACGAGCUCAUGGCCUACUGGUACUUCGGGCAGGUGUGGUGCGGGGUGUACCUGGCCCUCGACGUGCUCUUCUGCACCUCGUCUAUCGUGCACCUGUGCGCCAUCAGCCUGGACCGCUACUGGUCCGUGACGCAGGCCGUUGAGUACAACCUGAAGCGCACGCCGCGGCGCGUCAAGGCCACCAUCGUGGCCGUGUGGCUCAUCUCGGCCGUCAUCUCCUUCCCGCCGCUCGUGUCGCUCUACCGCCGGCCCGACGGCGCCGCCUACCCGCAGUGCGGCCUCAACGACGAGACCUGGUACAUCCUGUCCUCCUGCAUCGGCUCCUUCUUCGCGCCCUGCCUCAUCAUGGGCCUGGUCUACGCGCGCAUCUACCGCGUGGCCAAGCUGCGCACACGCACGCUCAGCGACAAGCUCCCUCCCGCGGGCCGCGACGGCGCGUCCCCGACCACGGAGAACGGGCUGGGCGCGGGCGAGAACGGGCACUGCGCGCCCCCGCGAGCAGACGCGGAGCCGGACGACAGCAGCGCGGCGGCGGCGGAGAGGCGGCGGCGGCGCCGGGGCGCGCUGCGGCGGGGCGGGCGGCGGCGGCGCGCGGGGGCCCCGGGUGGCACCGACGUGCCGGAGCCGGGGGCCGGGGCCGGGGCGGCCGAGCCGGGCGCGCUGACGGCCGCCAGGUCCCCGGGCCCCGGCGGGCGCCUGUCGCGCGCCAGCUCGCGCUCCGUCGAGUUCUUCCUGUCGCGCCGGCGCCGGGCGCGCAGCAGCGUGUGCCGCCGCAAGGUGGCCCAGGCGCGCGAGAAGCGCUUCACCUUCGUGCUGGCCGUGGUCAUGGGCGUGUUCGUGCUCUGCUGGUUCCCCUUCUUCUUCAGCUACAGCCUGUACGGCAUCUGCCGCGAGGCCUGCCAGGUGCCCGGCCCGCUCUUCAAGUUUUUCUUCUGGAUCGGCUACUGCAACAGCUCGCUCAACCCGGUCAUCUACACCGUCUUCAAUCAGGACUUCCGACGCUCCUUCAAGCACAUCCUCUUCCGGCGGAGGAGACGGGGCUUCAGGCAGUGA